GAGAGAGGUAAUAUGGAAAAUCGGAUGCACGUCGGGUGUCUAUAAAUGCCCAACUAAGUUGUCUCUGAUUCAGACUUGUGGUUUCAGAGUCAAGCAAACCCGCUGGGCCCAGGGUUUGUCUGAAAUGGAAAGCAUCGUCAGUUUAUUGGGCAUUGUGCUGCUGAUAAUCGGGCUCUCGGCCUAUCCUCAGGCCGUUAACGAGCUGGGAGGCGGCAAUUCCUGGCUGGCAUCGUCUCAGCAACGGCCAGCAAGUGAUGGCAGCACAAUAACUCCUAAACCCACUACCCAGUCACCGCAGUACCUGGCCUGCUUGCAGUCGUGUCCGGCGACCAGCGAGUACAAUCCCAUCUGUGGCAGCGAUAACGUGAACUACUACAAUGUCGGGAAAUUCGACUGCGCCGUUAGAUGUGGGCAGAAUGUUCGACGGAUACAUUUGGGAGCUUGUCGGAAUACAUAGUACCCCACAGGUCCCCGCCCAGUUAUAAUGGGAAUGGAUGAUUCUGGAAGGAACCCUAAAAAUUCCAGUUUUCAACUUGGUACGAAUACUAGAGUCAAUCUAUCAGAAUUGUAAACAAA